UGUCAAAUGUGUUGGUAUCGGUAGAGGUGUGGACACACCCUAACAAAGCUACGGGCGAAUCUUACCAUGGGUCAGGUGAAGAGUCAGUUCUCCGAGGACGAGCUGCAAGAUUACGAGGAUCUUACAUACUUCACGAAAAAGGAAAUUUUGUAUGCACACAAAAAGUUUAAGAACCUAGCGCCCGAGAAGGUAGGCCACAACAAGAACGCCAAACUGUCGAUGAGCAAAGUCCUUGAGUAUCCGGAGCUAAAGGCCAAUCCGUUCGGGGAUCGGAUCUGUAAGGUGUUUAGCUCCAGCAACGAUGGAGACAUCACGUUCGAGGACUUUCUCGACAUGAUGUCGGUGUUUUCGGACGCAUCCCCGAAAUCGGUGAAGGCAGAGCAUGCCUUUCGAAUCUAUGACUUCGAUGGAGACGAUAUGAUUGGGAGAAACGAUUUAAAGCAAGUGAUUCAACGGCUGGUAGCGUAUAACUCUGACCUGGGAAGCAACGAUAUUGAUCAGCUGAUAAAUAAUAUCCUUGAAGAAGCUGAUCUGGAUGACGAUGGUGCACUGUCUUUUGCGGAAUUUGAACAUAUAAUCGAUAAAUCAUCUGAUUUUAUCAACUCCUUCCGUAUUCGACUGUAACCUAGCAGAAACCGUACUUGCUUUCCGUAAUCUCAUUGAUCAUCCUUUGGCAUACUUUCCUUUAUAUGAAUCCUCCGGUUUGUAAAUGUGUCUGCAAUCCUACCAUUUUAAAUUAUGUCUAGAUCGUGUUGUAGUG